GUUUCUCAGACAACAGAUGGUCUGGAUGCUGAUCUGUGGAAAGAUGGUUUAUUUAAGUCGAAGGUGACUAGAUACCUGUGUUUCACCAGAGCCUUCUCCAGAGAGAAUAGCCAUUUAGGGAAUGUCCUGGUGGAUAUGAAACUGAUUGAUAUCAAAGACACAUUGCCUGUUGGCUUCAUCCCCAUCCAGGAGACUGUGGACACGCAGGAAGUCGCCUUUAGAAAGAAGCGUCUGUGCAUAAAGUUCAUUCCACGAGAUUCCACAGAAGCUGCCAUAUGUGAUAUUCGUAUUUUGAGCCGCUCUAAACAGGCUCCACCACAGUACACAUUUAUUGGGGAAUUGAAUAGUAUGGGCAUCUGGUAUAGAAUGGGAAGAGUCCCACGAGCCCCAGAAUCUCCACAGCCUUCUACUCCUUCAUCUCCAACUGUGGUGGUCACCUCAGCAUCUGCACCAAACCUCCCAAGACAUAUAUCUCUAACUCUUCCGGCAACAUUCAGAGGUAGAAAUAACACUCGGCCGGACUUUGAAAACCAGCAGUCUAAUCUGUACGCUAUCUCAGGUGAGUUUGUAAUAUCUUAA